AUGAGUAUGACAGACUUGACAGGGAUUGUAAGCGGUCUUCCCGCGGAUUUACAAGAUAAAGUGCGCGAUUGGCUAAGGUUCGACGAUGUAAAGGAGACUAGGGACGAGAUUAUUGGAUUGUGCGUCCAGGGGAACGUCGAAGAAUUGCACAAGAGGCUAGACACGCGGAUUGCGUUUGGUACUGCUGGGCUCAGGGGCCGUAUGGAGGCCGGUUUCAGCAGGAUGAAUGCGUUGACGGUGAAACAGGCAUCGCAAGGUUUAGCGAAAUAUAUCAAGGCCCAAUUCCCGGAGAACUUGACUUGUGUGGUCGGCCACGACCACAGGUUUAACUCGAAGCUAUUUGCCAGGACCACGAUCGAUGUGUUCUUGCAGCUAGGGUUCAAAGUGUACGAUUUGAAUGUGGUGGUCGGAAAGGAAGAAGAUUCGUAUGUGCACACUCCGUUGGUUCCAUUCACCGUUAAUGCGAAAGGGGCUUCGGUAGGCAUCAUGAUUACCGCGAGCCACAACCCCAAGAUGGACAAUGGCUACAAAGUGUACUAUGCGAACGGAUGCCAGAUCAUUCCUCCACAUGACUCGUUAAUUGCGCAGUCAAUUGCCGAGAACUUGGAACCGUUCCAAUCGCCCAAGACCGGGACCGUAGUCGAUUGCAAGAAAGAAAUGACAGCAGCGUACAUCAAGGCUAUCCGCGAGAAGUUGGUCCAUGAUGACCUCCAGAAUACUGCUGCCGCUGGUGGGCCCUGGUUCAUUUACACGCCAAUGCACGGUGUCGGGUUCGAGAUAUUCGAACAAAUCGCAAAGCAAGCAAUGUCUCUAGAAGAAAACAGGGACUAUGUGGUCGUGCAGGAGCAGAAGUACCCUGACCCCGCGUUUCCCACCGUCCCAUUCCCGAACCCAGAAGAAAGAGGUGCCUUGGACUUGGCCAUCGAAUACGGCAAGGCCGAGUCCCACUCUGGCGCCGACUUGAUUAUCGCAAACGACCCGGACGCCGAUAGAUUCAGCGUCGCCGUGAGAGACAAAGCCUCAUCCACAUGGAGACAGCUCACAGGUAACGAAAUAGGGUUCCUAUUCGCAUUCUACGAGUUCGAAAAGUACAAGGCAAGCAACAUACAAGAGCCUUUGGCCAUGAUAAACUCAACCGUGUCCUCCCAGAUGAUAAAACGCAUGGCCGAAAUAGAAGGCUUCCACUACGAAGAUACCCUCACAGGCUUCAAAUGGCUAGGCAACAGAGCCCUACAGCUAGAAAACGAAAACUACUACGUCCCAUUCGCAUACGAGGAAGCCAUCGGCUACAUGUUCUCCUCUGUCGUCCACGAUAAAGACGGCAUAGCUGCUGCCGUAGUUUUCCUCCAGGCAUACUCAAAAUGGCGCCAGUCGGGCAUAGAACCACUCCAGAUCCUCAAGCAAGCCUCCGAAAAAUACGGCCACUUCAAAGAAUUCAACGGCUACUACACAGUCCCAGACACUUCUCUCACCAAGAAGGUCUUUGACACAAUAAGAUCAAUCGAGUCCCCAUUCCCAACAAAACUCGGCACCAAAUUCAAAAUCGAAAAAUUCAGAGACUUGACCACGGGCUACCAAUCUGACACCCCAGACCACGUCCCAUUGCUAGCUACAGACCCAAACUCCCAAAUGAUCACUUGCGAAAUGGUCCUUGUCGAACAGCCAACCUCCAGAGUAAGAUUUACCAUCAGAGGUUCUGGAACAGAACCAAAGCUCAAAGUCUACAUUGAAGCUCGCACCACCACAGAACAGGCCUCUAUAGCACUCGCAAAGUUUACCUGGGACGUGCUCAAGCAAGAGUGGUUCAAACCAGAGUUCACAGGCCUUGUCACGCCCUUCUAG